AUGGUGGACGAGCGAGAUAUCUCGGACGUGGUCGCUGUUAGGGAAUCACGCAUCGUGAUUCAACAGGUGCAAGAUCUGAUCAACUGUAACCAGCCUAACCUGCAACGACGCUUGACCGAGUAUGGUGUCCUGGAAUAUAACCAAGCGGCAGAUUACCUCACCUUCAAGACGCUGGCGCUCGGAGAAUCAUGGACAGUAACUGAUCCGACAGAAAAGACCCACCUGGAGUGUGUCUCCUCGACGCCGACGCUGACCCAGUCCGGACCCCGUCGUCCGACACGGUUGUGGAUACCCAACCAGGCCUACUACGCACCCCUGCACACACCCGCCCGGGUCAUGACAGUCGUUCCACGGAGCCGUACUCGUGAAGACCUCGGUCGGACCAACUCGAUGGGGCCGCUGGAGUACCAACCCGAAAGUGCACCAAGACGGGGACCCCAUCUGAGGAACCUCAAGGAAUUCCUGAAAGGUGAGAUAGAGAACUUCUCCCGCGGUCAGAUACGUCGCCUAUCGAAAGAAGCCAACCUUUUCUUAUUGGAUAGUCGAGAUGUACUUUUCCGGCUGAACCAUUCUGUCCAGGGGCGACCACGGGACCGAUAUGUUACGACUGGCAGUUCCAGAGUCACUUCGCCUGGAUAUACUGCACUAUGCGCACGAGGAUUUCCAAGGUGGUCUUCAAGUUAUUACGCGUACUCACAAGAAACGGAUUUAUAUUGGUACGACAUGUAUGCGGACGUGAACGCCUUCGUCAAAGAAUGUGUGGACUGCGCCAGUGGCAAGGGGCGACCUCCCAACCAAGGGCCUUCGCCUGGGAAUAUUGAGCCCACUCGUCCAUUCGAUUGUCUCAAUGGAUUUUGUCACUCAUCUGUUGGAAUCCAUAAGUUCCCGGACUACGCCAUGUGGAAGCCGAUGAAUUCGACCACAGCCCAAGAGGUGGCCGAGGCUUACGAGGAGCGUGUCUUCCUGAGGUUCGGAGCAAGCGCUAUGAUUCGCAACGACCAAGAUCCAAAAUCCAUGAGGGAGGUGUUCAAGUGCUUGAGGGAAUUAUUGGGGAGCAGACAGCGAGCUACCCUAGGCUAUAGGCUCGAAGCGAAUGGCCAACAGGAACGAUCGGUCCGGACGGUGAUUCGUAGCGAUUGCGUGUACGUGGCAGAAGCAGACCAGUCCUACUGGGAUGAUCAUGCCGAACCUUUAAUGUUCGCCCUCAACACCUCAUUCGGCGCGACCUGCUUGGGUACGACGUUUUACUUGGUACACGGAUGGGAUGCUCAAGGAACAGUGUUAGCGAUUCUCGGGCCGAAGCCGUCAGGUGUAGUCGAACGUACCGCGUAUGAGUGUCGAAGAAAGCUUCGGCGAGACUAUAGCUAUGCACAGGCGUGUGCCGAAGACGUGCAACGAAAGGCUAAGCGAGAUCGUGCGAUCACACAGACUCGGAAGUGGAAAACACUGUCAGAGGGUAUCAAGGCAGGCUUUUCGGUCGGAGAUGCGCUCACCAAUGGCACGGUCGAAAUAACCGACGACUUCCGAGUGAGGUUGAAGGUUUCGGACACGGGGUAUAGAGUAAACCCAUGGGUGCACAUAAGUCGACUUAAGUCCCGAGCGCUAUUUCCCAAGCGACCGACUGUCCAGUUGGAAAUCAGUGAUGAAGAUGAUCUAGAUGCCGCUUUGCUACCAGAAGACAACUGGGAAAUGGACAACGCAAACGAUGAGUACGAAGUGGAAGAGAACCUGGACCUCCGUUGGUCCCAACGGAUUCGGACUUCCAAGCGACUACACGAAUACCUCAUCAAGUGGAAGGGCUACGACGAGUCAGACUGGGUGCCGUUGCCUCGGUUGAACGGUGGUACGCUGCUUUACGAAUUCAACCAAGGGGCGAAACGCAAGCGCGUCCCCGGGCCAUGUAGGCCGGAGACGACCACCCGAGACUAUAAUAGGUCUUGGGUGGUGAUGCCCGUCAAGAAUGAAUGA